AUGAAUACUCCAAAUAUAGGGGGCAGUACACCUCGAAGUGCUGCGCAGGCGUUGUCGGUGCCGGCCUACGUCAGAAAGAAUGCACUGACACCCCGAAACUCCCUGAAACAAAUGACGGCUGCAGAGCCUGACACGCCAGGAAACAAGUUUCGGGUUGCUACGUGGAACAUUGGUUCCAUGACUGGAAGGAGGGUGGACCGUGUGGUGGAGGUCAACCGUGUCAACGACCGCAUCAUCUCCGUUACGGUUAUUUUGGAAGAUCGUCCCUACAAAUUGAUAUCUGCGUAUUGCCCACAGAGCCAAUUAGCAGAAGAUAUGAAAGAUCAACUCUACGAUGUCCUUGACCGUGAGUUGCUGACGACCGAUAACCCGCUGGUUGGUGGUGGUUUCAAUGGACACAUUGGCGAGGACAACUCAAGUUGCGAAAGUGUACAUGGUGGUUUUGGUUAUGGAUGCCAGAACAAUGACGGCGUCCGACUACUAGACUGUGCCAUGUCUGCACGACUGUUUAUUGCCAACACUGCGUUCAAGAAACCACACACUCAGUUGGUGACAUUUAUGUCGGGCCGUAUUGCAACCCUGAUAGAUUAUAUUCUUUACAGAAAAGACUCAAUCUCUUUAAAGAAUGCAAAGAGUAUUCCAGUUGGCACUCAGCAUAAAGUUGUUGUAGCUGACUUUACCAUGAAGAAAGUCCACAAACAAAGAAAAGUCAACCGACAACCAAGGAUAAAGACUUGGAAACUACGUGAUCCAGAGACAAAGAAACUUUUCACUACUGAGUUUGCUGCGACACCUGAGGCUACUACAUGGGAGGGGCUGAAGAACAACUUGUUUGAGGCAGCACAAAAUAUUUGCGGUGCUUCUCGAGGACAUGCAGCCUCACGUGAAACCAAGAAGUAG